AAAUGUGAGGCAGUGAUAUAAGUAUAAAAUGUGCAGUACCUAACAACCAUUAGGUGAGCCAUCACUGGAACACCAAAGAAAAUUCCCUUCAAGGAUAUUUUUCUAAAUACUACACAUUCAAUAGCAUUGUGAUAGCAUUAAGCUGAAGAUUACACCAAUCUUAUUCAAAUAAGAUUGCUAAGGAAGAAGAUUGUCAUACUUGAUAACAUCAAAGACACAUAUUCAAGGAAUGAGGUUUCUCAUAUCAGCUCUAUGUGUCAUUGUGCUAUUUUCUUAUGCAGCUGCGUACGAUCCUUUGGAUCCUAACGGAAACAUAACGAUCAAAUGGGAUGUCGUCUCUUGGACACCAGAUGGCUAUGUGGCAGUGGUAACAAUGAGCAACUUCCAAAUGUACCGGCACAUAAUGAAUCCAGGAUGGACAUUAGGAUGGUCAUGGGCCAAGAAAGAAGUUAUAUGGUCAAUGGUAGGAUCUCAAACAACUGAACAAGGAGAUUGUUCUAAGUUCAAAGGCAAUGUUCCUCAUUGCUGCAAGAAAACUCCAACAGUUGUUGACUUGCUACCUGGUGUACCUUACAAUCAGCAAUUCUCAAACUGUUGUAAAGGUGGUGUUGUAGCAGCAUGGGGACAAGACCCUUCAUCGGCUGUAUCUUCUUUCCAAAUUAGUGUUGGACAAGGUGGUACUUCAAAUAAGACAGUGAAACUUCCUAAGAAUUUUACUCUCUUGGCUCCUGGACCUGGAUAUACUUGUGGUCCUGCUAAGAUUGUUCCUUCCACCACUUUCCUUACGGCGGAUAAACGCCGCAAGACUCAAGCACUAAUGACAUGGAAUGUUACCUGCACAUACUCACAAUUUCUUGCAAGAAAGAAUCCAAGUUGCUGUGUAUCUUUGUCAUCCUUCUAUAAUGAGACAAUUACCCCUUGUGCUUCUUGUGCUUGUGGCUGCCAGAACAAGAAGAAUUGCGUCAAGGGUCAUUCCAAAUUCCUUGACAUGGUGGGGUUUCAUACUCCAAAGAAAGACAAUGAACCAUUACUACAGUGCACUCAUCAUAUGUGCCCCAUUAGGGUUCAUUGGCAUGUGAAAGUCAACUAUAAGGACUAUUGGAGAGUUAAGAUUGCUGUGACAAAUUUCAAUUACAGAUUGAAUUAUUCUCUAUGGACUCUUGCUGUGCAGCAUCCAAAUCUUAACAAUGUUACCCAAGUUUUCAGCUUUGAUUACAAGCCUUUGCUUCCCUAUCAAUCCAUAAAUGACACUGGUAUGUUCUAUGGCAUGAAAUUCUUUAAUGAUCUCUUGAUGGAAGCUGGACCAAGUGGAAAUGUUCAAUCAGAAGUGCUUCUUCAGAAGAACAAGGAUACAUUCACACUCAACCAAGGUUGGGCAUUUCCUCGUAGAGUCUACUUCAAUGGUGAAGAAUGCAUGAUGCCCUCACCUGAUACCUACCCUUUCCUCCCUAAUUCUUCCCCUGUCAAUGUUCUCAACUUCCCAACAUCCAUCCUCUCAUUGUUGCUUGUCUUGCUAGUUGUUUGGUGAAUCAGUACAUAAACCAGUUCGGAUUCUCAUGUAAGAUUUUGGAAACAAAUAUUGUUAUUCUCAGAAUGGCGAUCGACAACAGGUACGAGACUUUUAAGGUUUUCUUCGAAGAAACAAAUCCAGACUCAUAAACAUGUUAAAUUCAUCAAAAAAAAUCUACGUCAGUUACAAUUUACAAUUUGUUGAAUGUGUGUUGUGAUUCAUGAGCAAUAGUAACAGGAUGCUAAAUAUAACUUCCAGCCAAGAUUUUUGCCUUAUGUAAAUACUUGUAUUGCAAUGAUGUAAUGAAUAUAUCUCUUCUAUCUCUUUAAAACAA